AUGACCCUCUCCUUGGUCUGUCCCCAGAGCAUUGCUGAGUAUAACCUCAAAGACAUCUCGUACACGGUGAAGAACGCCUCGUGCCAUGAGCUGACGGUCCUUAGCAGCUCAGACGACCCCAUGGUGUUUCACUUCGAAGAUGAGCGGGAGGCACAGAAGUGGUGGACGGUUGUCAGCAGCUCCCUGCGGGAGGUGCAGAAAGCUGCCGAGAGUCCCAGUGUGCUGGUGUCACAGCCCUCUGCCAGCGGGAAUGCGCUGCCCGCGCUGCCAUCAGACGCGUCUCAGUCCUUGGAGCUCGCAAAUAAAGAGGAGUUAGCGCUCCGCCUCGCGAGAGCCAUUGAGUCUGGGGACGAACAGGCGGCCUCGCAGUGCGCCAUGGCGCUGGCUCGGCAGCAGGCCUCCCUGCGCAUCCUACUGAAGGAAUCCAGCUACCCCGCCAACGAGAUCAGGAUGAAGGUUGGAGUGGAAGAUGCGACGUGCUCCGCCAACAUCACCAUCAAAGUCCAUGCUCACAUGACCAUUGGGACGCUGAGGCAGCAGGUUUUCCAGGAUUACGGGUUCCACCCCAGUGUGCAGCGGUGGAUCAUCGGCCAGUGCCUGUGCGUGGACGAUCGGACGAUAGGCUCGUAUGGCAUUCGGAAGGACGGAGACACAGCCUUCCUGUAUCUGCUGUCAGCCAAGAGGGUCAACCUGUCCGAACAGCGCUGCGAGGAGGACCAAGUGCUGGUCAUGCUGCCCCCAGCCCCCUCACUCCCAGACAGCUCUGGCACCGACGAGAAACGCAAAUACAGCACCUUGCCAAACAUGGCUCCAAAGAAAGCAUGGGUCGCUGACAACAGCGGGAAGAUGAAUAUCGGAGAAAUCAGCCACCAUCUGGGCAUGCUGCAGCUCACCAACCCCUUACCCAGCCAGUCCAAAGCGCACCCAGCCGCUGCUGCUCCACCAUCCCCCGUGCAGACAGGCUGGUCAUGUGCAAAAUGUACCUUCAUCAACAAGCCCACGCGGCCAGGCUGCGAGAUGUGCAGCACGGACCGGCCGGCGGAAUACACGGUGCCGGGCAGCUACCGACCGGAUGAGACGGAGCUCUGGAGGAUGCAGCAGGAGGAAAAGGGGAUCUUGCAGUACCAGCAGGCCCUGGAGGACGAGCGUCUGCAGAACUUCCAGCAGUUGCUGCAGCUGGAGGAGGAGGCGCUGGUGCCCAGCCAGGAGGCCAUGGAGUGCCGGAUCUGCUACCUGCCCAUGGCACCAGGGGACGGGGUGCUGCUCCGGGAGUGUCUGCACAACUUCUGCAGAGACUGCCUGCGGCAGGUGAUCAGCUACAGCCAGGAACUCCAGGUGUCCUGCCCCUUCCGCGACGACACUUACGCCUGCAGCAGCAAGCUCCAGGAACGGGAGGUCCGGGCGCUGGUGUCAGCAGAGGAGUACAAGCGGUUCCUGGAGCGGGGCCUGGUGGCGGCGGAGAGACGCACCCAGAACAGCUAUCACUGCAAAACCCCAGACUGCAAGGGCUGGUGCAUCUACGAGGACACGGUCAAUGAGUUCCGCUGCCCCAUCUGCCAGGGCCUGAACUGCCUGCUCUGCAAGGUCAUCCACGAGGGGAAGGACUGCCGCCAGUACCAGGCCGACCUGCAGCUCCAGGCCCACAAUGACACUGCUGCCCAGCAGACCAGCGACAUGCUGCAGACACUGGUGCAGACGGGCGAGGCCAUGCACUGCCCCGCGUGCCAGAUCAUCGUGCAGAAGAAGGAUGGCUGCGACUGGAUCCGCUGCACCGUCUGCCAGACGGAGAUUUGCUGGGUGACCAAAGGGCCACGCUGGGGGCCUGCGGGCCCUGGUGACACCAGUGGAGGAUGUCGCUGUAACGUCAAUGGGCAGAGGUGUCACCCGCACUGCCAGAACUGCCACUGAGCGCGCUCCCUGCGCGGCGCCUGGGCCUCCCCCACUCAGCAGCCUCCAGCCCCGGUCAAGCAGGUGCCCUGCUCCUGCGGGAGCUUCCAGCCCUUGCCAGCUGCGUGCAAUGCCUGGAGGGGGCUCCCCCCCACUCAGUCUGGCCCAGGGCCGUCUUUCUGCUGGGCCAUAGACUGGGCCUGUCUCUGCCCCCUGGGCAGGCCGGGGUGGGAGCUGUUUGGGGUCAGGCUCUCAGAGCAGCAGCUGCCUCUGCACCUGCCUGCCUGGCCCCAGGCUCCAUGAGUGCGUCUGGGGCUAAGCAGGGCUGGGGUAAUCACGGUAAUGCUGCUGGUGUAGAGAGCUCCUCAGCCCCCCUGAAAUGUAACCUGGGCCUCACCUUCACUUGCCCUGGACCCCGGACUGGGGCUGUUGAGUGCCUCCCCAGACCCAGGGAGCUCCCCGUAACUACCUCAGGGGGAGAGGGGUGUUAGAGGCCAGCUGUUCCCCACACCUGCCUUGGGAGGUUCCUUGGGCUGCAGGGGCAGGUCCUGGAGACACCAGCCCCUCGGGGCCCAGGAAAGCUGCACCCUUGUCCCUUGCUGUCAUGUGCAGGGGGCAGAGACGCCCCAGUCCAGCACAGGCUGCUCCAGGCUGGCCUCCCUCUCACUCCUCGGGCUGCCUGGCACUGCCCAGCUCACGGCCAGACUCCUUGAAGGAUUUACCUCCUGAGGGCGGGCGUGGGCUGCCCUCGAGCAGGAAGCAGCCCCAGGGCUGUGGACAGUGCAAGGGGGAGAAAAGGCCGUUUUACCAAAAGGCCCCAGCUGGGCCCUCUGCGCCUUUGGGCAGCGCAGGCUGUGAACGGUGCCGCCGCCAGCGGGCAGGGCAGAGAUCAGCAUGGCUGCUCCUGCAGGAAUCCAGCAGCUGGCUGGGCAGUGCCAGCUCGUGGAGAUGGGGCCAGUGCCAGCUAGGCUGGUCUGGCUCUGGGGAGGCAGUCAGCCCCCCUGCACAGCAACACACAUCUGUUGGAGGCACAGGGGCAGCAACUGGCCCCCUCUGCCCAGGCCGUAGGGCACUGUAGCCCCUGCAAUGCUAGAGGCAGUGGCUAAGAGCUGGGGUAAGUGGACUGUCCCACCCCCACUGCAAGGGGAAGGGCACUGAGGACCCCAGCCAGGCCUUUGUGCAGUGCCCCUCCCUGCAGCAUGCUGGGAAGAGGGAGCGGGCUGCUCUCCAUGAAGCAUGAGGGAGGGAGUGGGGCCACUCCCCACUGCCAUGUGGGGGGUCAGGAAGCAGCCUCUACCAGCACCUCCCUCAAUAAAGGGAGUGCUGGGCCCCCACACAACUCAGACAGACACUGCUCGGGGAACAGAACCGUUUAAUAAAUGCCACCAUUACACACA